UGAUGACGUCACGCCGCCGAUGCGUUUCAGCGUUGGCUGUGGAGGAAUGUGCGCAAACUUUUCCUUCUUUCUCCUCGGGUUUGGCCUCGACGACGCUUUCACGAGUUUUUCUGCAAAAAGACGGUGCAUCGCCUGACGAGUCGGUGCCGCAGGACAGCGGGAAGACAACAUGGCGGCCGCAUCCGUGUUCUCCAUGGAGCCUUUUCCGCUGAUGGAUGACGACAUCCGCAGUUCGCCGGCCCCUCAACUGGUGAUGCUGGCCAACGUGGCAGCCGUGGCGGCAGCGGACGCUGCUGAGGGCAGCGUGGCGGACGACAAAGAGAUGAUGGAGCUGCAGACGGUGCCGUGCGGCUACUCGGACAACGACGACGAGGGCGCCAUCAGCUACGAUUACGACAACAGCGCCGACGACAUCGUCGACUUCCCUGAGUCGUCGGGGCUCGUGCAAAAUGGCGGACGGAACGCCAGCUGCGAAAUCCCGCUUCCGAACUCGAGCGGCCCCUCGCCGCCAUUGUCGCCUCCGCGCAGAGAGGCGCCGACUGCCGUCCCGGCCAACGGCGGCAAGAAGAAGAAGCCUUUCCACUGCAAGCCGUGUCACUUCCUGGCUCAUGACGAGAAAGAUUUUGUGGAGCACCUGAGAACGCACGCUGUCAGCAAGAUGGUGGUGGUCAACCACGUGGAGGGUCGCAGCAAGGCCAAAGAGGCCGACACGGCCGAGGAAGGCGAGGCCGAAGCGGCAUCGGGGGACGCCAAAGGCCUGAUUCGAUGCGAGCGCUGUGGUUACAACACCAACCGAUACGACCACUACGUGGCGCACCUCAAGCAUCACAACAAGGAGGGCGACGACAACAGGGUGUUCAAGUGCACGUUGUGCGCGUACAGCACUGUCAGUCAAUACCAUUGGAGGAAACACCUGCGCAAUCACUUUCCCAGCAAACUGCACACGUGCACGUAUUGUUCCUACUUCACCGACCGCAAGAGCAACUACAUCCAGCACAUCCGCACGCACACGGGUGUGCGUCCUUUCCGGUGCCCGUACUGCGACUACUCCAGCUCCCAGAAGACCCAUCUGACCAGACACAUGCGCACGCACUCGGGUGAGCGGCCUUUUAAGUGUGACAGCUGCAACUACCUGGCGGCCAACCAGCACGAGGUGACCCGGCACGCCCGCCAGGUCCACAACGGUCCCAAACCGCUGGCGUGUCCUUACUGCGAAUACAAGACGGCCGACCGCAGCAACUUCAAGAAGCACGUGGAGCUGCACCUCAACCCUCGCCAGUUCCUCUGCCCGUUGUGCAAGUACGCCGCCUCCAAGAAGUGCAACCUGCAGUACCACAUCAAAUCUCGACACUUGGGCUGCAACGUCGCCGUCGACGUCUCCAAAGUCAAACUCAGAGUCAAAAAACCCAACCAGCCUUCCAAAGCCAACGUGGAGGAGGACAUCAACGAGCGGGAGGUCAAAGAGGAGCAGCCACCCGGUGACAAGCCGUCCGGCCCCAUCAAUCUGUCGCUCGCAAAGAGCGCUAAAGCGCCACCGGGGGACAAGGAGCCAGAGGAGAGUCCCAGGAAACGGCAUGGCUCGGCGGAGAACGGCGAGCAGGAGAAAACCAUCACAACCAGACAAAAGAAGCCCAAGGAGAAACCGGAGGAGACGGCCAAUGCCACCAAGGCCAAGAGAAGAGUCAAGAAGAUGACAGACGACGGACCACAUGACCCACAACUGAUAAAGGACCAGAGAGAGAAGUCGCAAGCGGCCGAAACAACUGCUCAGCGAGAUGGCAACAAGAUCAGAAAGCCACGAAGAUCCGGCAAGUCAGAACAAGAAGAACUCGCCGGGAGCAUCGGCGUCCCCGAAGGACUUCAAGAAGACGGCAAAGAAAAAUCUAAAAAGAGCAAAACGGCACAAGCGCUCGACCUUUCGCUCCUGCCCGCCUCCAAGGCCCGCCGGACCCGAACAGGUGACAGUCUCCAGUCCAGCUCGCCCGCCAAGAGGGCCAGAAGGUCCAACAGGAAGUCUUCGCCACCUCCAGCGAAAGGCCGAUCAGGCACUCCGGACGUACUGGAAAAAUCUGCCCGUCCGGAGCAGCCAACUCCCGUGCAGGUGGUGUCGCCUCCGGCGGAGUCCUCCGAGCGGGCGGAAAACACGCAACCCGCUCCGGCGCCCCCGGCUGAACCCGCCUCCGUGGCGCCAGCGCCGAUUCCCAAGCGGUGCGGCAAAGCCUCUGACCCCGACGACGAUGACGAAGGCGUCCACAGCAGCCACGAAGGAAGCGGCGGCGAUGUCAGCGACGGCGCCUCCGAAGGCAGCGAUGACUCUGGACUCAACGGAAACCUUGCCGGCAAAAAUCCAGACAACCCGGAGACGCCCACCUGUGAAGUUCCCACUCCCACUGAGCUCAAAAGUCACAUGUGCAUCUUCUGCGACCGCUAUUUUUCCAAGGAGGCCGAAUAUCGCCGCCAUCUCAACCGCCAUCUCGUCAACGUGUACUACAUGGACGCCGCGCCGGAGAGCAACUGAUGGCGAGCCGCUGCCAGACUGAGCGAGCCGUCAGACAAUUCCAGCCGUUCGUCAAGCAAGGACCCGUUAAGAGAUGGGGCGGAAGGUUCUUCCUGGCUUUCCCUGCAGCGUUUGACAAUCCGUUUCUUGAUCAUCUUCAGCAAACUCAACAUUUUUUUUUCCGUGUGCAAUAUUGAUCUUCGUGAUGUCAUUUGGGUUACGGCAACUCACUUCAGCUCUUCUAUCAGUUUUUACAAUAUUUGACAGUCACUUUUAAAUAGAUCAUGGUUUAAUAUUAUAUAUGGAUUACGUCAACAUAUUAGAAAUACAUUGCGUUCCCGAUCCUGCGGCUGCUUAGAUGAAUAUUAUGAAAUCGGCAACGAUAAAUGAACGCUCGCCGGAUAUUGUAGCUUCCCGACAUGUGGACCCUUACAGAAAUUCGACGUUGGUGAAAUAAAGCUGUCUUGAUGUGA